AUGAUUGUAUCGCGGAAUCCAAAUUUCCAACAAUCGCAAACUACUUUCACACUCACACAGUUCUGGCCCGACCCCGACGCCGUGACAGAGCAAAGGGCCGAUCCUUCGCAAACAUGUCAAACUGACCUCGAACAGGUUGAGAAAUGUGCAUCGGAGUUGGAUUCUCUCUCGGGUGGCGAGGAUUACAUCUGGGAUGACGAGACUUUCAGCUGGGUUGACGAGGACGAGACGUACAUGUCUCUUCUUUGCACGGCACACGACCCCAUUCCAAGCCCUGAUGGCGGCAUGAACUGGCGGUCCGAGGCUGGGAUACAAGACGUCAUCAUGGGGGAAGCAGAUACCGACACCAUGGUUUCCACUGACAUUGAAAUGCUCGAUGUCUCGGCAGACCCUUCCUACAUCGACGCUGAGGAGCCUGAAGAAAUGGACUGGGAGCCCUGCCACUGUACUGACGCGGACAAUGACAUUGUCAUGAGGGACGUUCCAUGA